AUGACUCUCUUAGGAUCCAUCAUCACCCUCUGCUUGGUCGGGGCCAUGGACUCCUCACUGAAUGAGGUCUCAGAGGUGCUGUCAGACUCGUCUCUUCUGAGCAUCAUCAGUGAGGCCAGGCAGCUGGUGGACACAGCAUAUUUACAGGCCCGAAGGAGCUUAAAGAAAAAACUGGAGGAAAAGCUUGCCAACCCAAUGGAUUUCCUGAAGCACCUUAAGGACCCUGUGGGAAGAACCAGGUCUGCAGUCCGGGCUGCUGAUUACAUGGAAACUACUUUGAAACUCCUCAAAAGGAAACUGCAUCUCUCUGGGGAGCAGAGAUUCAAUGUCACAGACCUGCUAAGCAGAAAGCAGAAGGAGAUGAUUUUCAGAGGCACCGGUUGUUACUCUCAGACUCGUCCCAUUAAAUGCCCAAAGCAGGACAUUUAUCGGACCAUUACCGGGGAGUGCAACAACAGAAGACACCCUCACCUGGGGUCCUCCAACCGUGGGUUUGCCCGCUGGCUCCCGGCAGUGUACGAGGACGGAGUGUCUGUUCCCAGAGGAGCAAGUGAAGGAAGGCACUACAACGGAUUCCCACUCCCCCUGGUUCGAAAAGUGUCCAACGAAAUCGCUCACACGGCCAACGAGAACGUCACUGCAGACCAGGAGCUCUCUCUGGUCUUCAUGCACUGGGGCCAGUGGGUCAACCACGACAUAGACCUGGCCCCUGCCAGCGGGGAAGGAGCCAGCCUGGAGCUCCUGUGCCACACUGACUGUGCCUUCAAGCCUCCCUGCUUCCCCAUUAAGUUCCCCCCCGAUGACCCACGGGUGGUGGGGCCCGACACCUGCAUGCCCUUUGUCCAGUCGGCCCCCGCGUGCACUCCCGGGGCGUUCUCCCGGGAGCAGCUCAACGCCGCCACCUCCUUCAUCGAUGCCAGCACCUUGUACGGCAGCGACGGCGCCCUGGCCCGCAGCCUGAGGAACCUCAGCGGCCAGCUGGGCCUCAUGGCCGUGAACCAGGACUUCACGGACGCGGGGCUGGAGCUGCUGCCCUUUGAGAACGUGACAAAGAGCGUCUGUGUCCUCACCGACCCGGGCGCCAACAUCCCCUGCUUCAGAGCAGGGGACAAACGUGUGACUGAAAACCUGGGACUUUCUGCCAUGCACACGAUCUUUCUCCGAGAGCACAAUCGCCUGGUCACGGAGCUGAGGGAAUUAAAUCCCCACUGGGAUGGGGAAAAGCUGUACCAGGAGAGUCGAAAGAUUGUGAUUGCCAUAAACCAGAUAAUAACAUAUAGGGAUUACCUCCCACUUCUGCUGGCUGAGGAGACCAGCAAGUGGAUCCCUCAGUACCGUGGUUAUGAUGAGGAGGUGGAUCCCAGAGCCUCAAACGUUUUUUCCCUGGCUUUCCGAUUCGGCCACACCUCGGUGCAGCCCUUUGUGUCCCGCUUGGAUGAGGGUUUCCAGCCUCUGGGUUCCUUCUCCCAUGUCCCUCUGCAUCUGACCUUCUGUGCUACUUGGAGAAUUAUAAUGGAAGGAGGCAUCGACCCCCUGGUCCGGGGCAUGGUGGUGGAUCACGCGAAGAAGAUGGAACAGAACCAGCUGAUGGUGGAGGAGCUCCAGAACCACCUCUUUGAACAGCUGGAGGUCAUGGGGCUGGAUUUAGCAGCCAUGAACAUGCAACGGGGAAGAGAUCACGGCCUGCCAGGUUACAAUGCCUGGAGGGGCUUCUGUGGGCUCUCCCAACCCCAAACUGUGGAAGAAUUCUCUGAGGUGCUUGGCAAUCCCCAACUGGCCAAGAAGUUCCUGGAUGUGUACGGGACACCGGACAACAUCGACCUGUGGAUCGGGGCGGUCGCAGAGCCCGUGGUUCCCCAGGGCAGGGUGGGACCCCUCCUGUCCUGCAUCAUUGGCACCCAGUUCAGGAACCUGCGGGAUGGGGACAGGUUCUGGUGGGAGAACCCAGGAGUUUUCACUCCACAACAGCUGCAAGCACUGAGAAAAAUCACACUGUCAAAGGUGUUCUGUGACAACACUCGUAUCCAGAAGAUACCCAGGGAUGUGUUCAGGAUCAACAGUUACCCUGAGGACUUCACUGACUGCCAGGAGAUCGACACGCUCGACCUCUCACCCUGGAAAGAUGAACCUGAGAGUGGCACAAAAGGCACGUUCCUCUCGCACUUUCAAGAUCUGGUCAACCACUGA